AUGGACCCGUGGUCCGUGACGGCAGACUCUGACAGCGAGGACCCGGGCGGCGGCGAGUCCAGGCUGACGACGGUGGUGCCCUGGGAUACCGCAACUGAGGCGAGCCCUACGGCAGCCACGUCCUUGGCCCUGCUCUGCCUUAACGCCUCGCUUUCAUCGUCGUGCAACGCCAGUGUGCCUGGGAAUCUGACACUGGGCGCAGAGGAGUGGAAGAGGCCCUUCGCCCUCUGGCAGACGGUGGUGAUAGGAGUGUUGAUAGGCAUCUGCAUCAUUCUCACCGUUGGCGGCAACAUCCUGGUGCUGGCGGCGUUCGUGGUGGAACGGACGAUCCGACAGCCCAGUAACUACUUCAUUGCCUCUCUGGCCAUGUCCGACCUGUUUAUUGGGGUCGUGUCCAUGCCCUUCUACGCCUUCUACGUGCUCGUGGGCCGCUGGGAACUGGGCCCUAUCCCGUGCGACCUCUGGCUAGCCACCGACCACACCGUCUGCCUCGUGUCCAUCUACACGGUGCUGUUGAUCACCAUCGACCGCUACUGCUCCGUCAAGAUUGCCACCAAGUACCGCAAUUGGAGAACUCGCGAUAAGGUUAUCUGGAUGGUGGCCAUUACGUGGAUUGUUCCGUUCCUCGUGUUUUUUAUUAGCAUCAUGGGUUGGGAGCAUUUCAUCGGCUACCGGGACCUGGACCCGGGUGAGUGCGCAGUUCAGUUUCUCAAGGAUCCGGUGUUUAACACCUCGCUCAUUUUCGGCUACUUUUACGCUACCCUGGUGGUGCUUUUCAUCCUCUACGGCGGAAUCUACAAAACUGCCAGCGACAUGCAGAAAAAAUCGGCCGCCAGGCAGAAAAAGAUGCAGUCUCUCGUGUCCAUGGGGCGGGGAGGCGCGCUUUCUAGACCAGGAGCCGGUAUCUCCAGGCCUGCGGGCGAUAAGCCAAAACUGACCGAGCUCGUGGCCGCUACAGUAGCUGCCCAGCUUCCGGCCGCGCGGGCUGACCAUCAGCUUCCCACCCAGCUAGGCAGCGGAGAUUCAAGCUCUAGCCAGAAGACGUCCUCCAACCGCAACACGGAGACAACCAGUUUUUCGGACAAAGGCAAAGAAAACUCAGACCAGGACCGAUCAAGCAGCCCUGUAUUCGAGUCGGACGAAGAAUACUCGCAGGAUUCGAGACAGCUGAAGCCUGAAAAGCCCCGAAAGCCCAAGCCGCACAAGGCCAAGUCAGAUUUAAAGAUGGCCAAGCGAGCCUCAAAAGCAAGCGACGCCAGGAUGUCAAUCGUGGAGGCCACUCUACUCAGGAUCGAGCCACCUCCGUUUGCCACGAACCGCACGUCAGAAUUGGCGAAGCAUAUGCUUUGUGCUCUGCCGCUAGCGGAAAGUCUACAGGAUGGUCACUCAAAGAUCUCUAAGCACGACAGGUCUUCCAGCACACACAAAUCGCCUCAGAGUCCAACUGAACAGCCCAAGACGACUUCCCAGCAGAGCCUACAAGACCAAGCUGCGAUCGCUGAGCUCAGUCUAUUGGAUACAGAGAAUGUGAUGACACCGCUCACUCCGCCGACUAGCGAAUUAAAUCUCCCUUCUCCGACAGAACCACUAAAGCCACUGCCGACGUCGAGCAAACCGGCGCCGCCUUGCACCCUUAACAUCAAGUCGGACUUUGUGGCUCCUGACUCGAGAGUGGGCGCCAUUCCGUGCAUCAACGAAGAGAGUUCUUUCGCGGUAGGUACACCAGUGAGCACCAACUUUUCACUCCCGUCAUUGCCUUCCAUGCCUUCCGUAGCUAGUCGGGGCAGCGUAACCUCCCCGCUGACUGACCUCCGUACUACUAACGUCGCUACAUGUGCCCCGAUCGCGGACGUUGUAGCAGUUUUUCCGGUUCCAAAGGCCUCGGAAGCCAAACCCAAAAGCAGUGUGUCUCCCUCUGUGUCUGCGUCCCAGAACGCCCCGCGGGCGGACCAUUUGUCGGAGAGUCUGGGAGCAUCGCUGCUUAGAGUGAGCAGCCGUACAAAAAACAUCAUCGUGGAGUCCCAGUCUUGCGAGAGUGGAGGUACGGUGACGCGAGUGUUAAACCCGGAGGAGGCGCGUUCGCUCAUCGAGACCGAGUCGACUCUUUCCCGUGAGUGCUCCACCGCCAGGUCUGGCAGGAGCAAGGGCCUCGUGUCUUCCUUCAGUAGGAGGAUGGACAAGAAGCGGAGGGAGGAGAAGCGCCACAAGUCCAAGUCUGAAAACCGGGCUCGCAAAGCAUUACGCACCAUCUCCUUCAUCCUCGGCGCGUUCGUUAUCUGCUGGACGCCGUACCACAUAUGCGCCCUCGUGGAAGGGUUCUGCUCAGAUCCGACUGGCUGCGUUAAUCAUCAUCUCUUCUAUUUCACCUACUUCCUCUGCUACGCCAAUAGCCCUAUCAACCCUUUCUGCUAUGCCUUGGCUAACCAGCAAUUCAAGAAGACAUUUUACAGGGUACUGCGAGGUGACUUGCACAAAACGUAA